AGGGUUUAUGAUCAUUUUGUAUUUAUUUAUUAAAUAGGGUUACCAUAUGGCUCCAGAUUAACCGGACGCUUUGAGACAGACCGGGAUUUCAAAAUCCCCCCUAAAUUGAAAGUAAUUCACGUAUAAAUGAGCUCCACCUUUGCUGAGAUUAAUCCUGCUGUGGUGGAAUUGCUGGGGCGCAGCAAACAAUUCACACUGAUCAGCUGCUUCUGAUCAGAUCUUAAUGAACGAAUAGCUAAUUUAUCGAUAGAGCAACGAGAUGACGAUGCGAUUGUAUUUGCAGAAUAAUAUGGCCGAUUGAAUUUUAACAAACAGAAAAAAAUAGCGACUGGCUGCAAUUCAUUCUUAGUUUAAUACAAUUAUUUGACGCGCAUGCGGGUAUUUAAGCACCAUUAUUAAUUGUAGCUAAGGAUGGUUCAUUUACACCUUCAUUUAUUUCAAUUUAGGGGCAAGUUUGAAAUCCCGUUCUGUCUCACAGCGUCCGGUUAAUCUGGAGCCACAUGUGUUCAGAGAGCAGUGACAGUGACGUGGAGAUCACCGAGGUCCGGGCUCCUGUUCCCAAGCGCCGCAGAAUCAUCGACCCGAGCACCGUGUGCACAGUACCCGUGUACUCUGACCAGGUGAGUAGGAGUCUUCUUCUCAACCCUGCAGCAAUCAGACACGACUCAGAUGUGGAGGGGGAGGGACAUUUCUCCUGGGCCCAAUCACAGAAGGGCUUCCCGGCCACACCCCUAAAGAACAAGAGCCAGACAACCACUUUGGAGAUCUCAGACUCAGAGGAGGAGCCUAGCAAAGAGCCGCCGUGGACUCGCUCACCCUCCCCUCCCCCCACUCCGCACAGCCUCAAGAGAAAGAAGGGGCGCGCCUUUAAAAAAAUCAGGGAGGUGGACAGAAAACUGAAUGAGGUGGGGGCCACGCUCUCUCCUGUCUCCCAGAAUUCCCGGGUGCGGAAAACUGCGGUCGGCGGGGACGGCGAUGACGACGAUGUCAUCCUGUUGACCACGCCCCCUUCUGAAAGGCUGCAAUCUGAUUCGCCAAGAGAGCUGGUGCUGAAAAUACGCUGCAGAGCUGAUCUGUACAGGAUACCAGUGAAAACAACAGACCCUCUGAGCAGCGCAGUGGAACAGCUGUCAAUCAUACUCAAGGUCCCGGCCUCCAGGAUACUGCUGCUGCGGAAGGAGGCGGAGCUUCCAGUGGUCGCCACAGCAACCGAUCUGGGACUGGGCAUCGCUGACAUCAUUGACUGUGUUGUGAUCUCGGAGGGGGACAGACAGGGGGACAGCGCACAGGGACAGGAGGACGAGAACACCAUCACGCUGAGACUGCAGGGAAAGGAAAAGGAGUCUGUUCAACUCAUCUCAGCCAAGAGGGACGCCCCCCUGCGCUCAGUCCUUCUGCAGUAUCGCACACGCGCCGGUUUGGAUCCCCAGCACAACGUGCGCUUCCUGUUUGACGGAGAGAAGGUUCUGGAGGGGGCCUCACCUACCAGCCUUGACAUGGAGGAUGGUGAUGUCAUCGAGGUGUGGCUGUGAACCCCUGCACCCCAAAACCAGAAACUGAGCGAGUCAAACAGCAGACAAGCAUUUGGGCUCUAGUGCCUUUAUCGGUGUAGUGUGUGUGUUCACAGGCACAGACACAGACACACACAAACACAAACACAGACAUACGCACACACACACAUUACACUGAUGAUGGCAUUAGAGCCCAGAUGCUUGUGUGCUUAACAAAUGCAUCCUUCCUGUUUCAAAUACUAGUAAAUGACAGCAGAGUUUGAAUGGCUGGGUGGAGUGUUGGACUGGGCUUUUUCAGUGUUUUUUGCUUGUUCAAAUAACUAUAUAUUUUUAUUUUUAAUAAUAUAGCACUUUUGAAAUUGUACAGAAUGAUUAAUAAUAAUAGUAAUAAAGUUAUUUAAAAUA